AUGUCUUCAGACAACGACUACGACAAGCUCACGAAGGAAGAAAGAGAGGCGCGCGACAAGGUCGAUAGGGAGCGUGAGGCGGCCGAACAGGCUGCUCUCCCAUACAGAUGGAAGCAAGAGUUGGGCGAAGUCGAUAUCACUGUUCCUGUUCCGAAAGGGACACGAGCCAGAGACUUAGUCGUUGUCAUUCAAAAGAAGAAACUUAGCGUAGGUCUCAAGGGUCAGGAAAAAAUCAUGGAAGGCGAACUCUGCAAGGAGAUCAAACUCGAGGACAGUACAUGGACACUCGAGGAUCAGCAGUCUCUUCUUAUCCAUCUAGAGAAGCUGAAUCAACAGCAGUGGUGGGACAAUAUCCUCACACAUCACCCUAAGAUCGACACUCGCAAGAUCCAACCAGAGAACAGUAAGCUCAGCGACCUUGAUGGAGAAACUAGGGGCAUGGUCGAAAAGAUGAUGUUUGACAAUCAACAGAAGCAAAUGGGAAAACCUACCUCAGACGAGCUGAAGAAGAUGGAUGCAUUAAAGAAAUUCCAAGCUGCACAUCCUGAACUCGACUUCUCGAAUGCCAAGAUCUCAUAAAUAUCACCUAUUGUGACGAGUGUUAGGUUUCAUAUUGCAUCUGCCAUGUACAACAGGAAAUUCCACAGCGUGUGAAUAACAUGAGAUUUAUCUUAGCGCUUCUCUCCAAAUGCAAACCCUACGUUUCCCAAGCGUGACCAGUAACUGUCCUCCAAAGCCGAGCACACAAGCCUGCACGCCUCCCUGCGCACCAGGAACUAGAACUUCCCACUUCUGCGGUUCGGGUGAUAUCCCGAAGAAUUUUGUAAUUGGUUGAUCUUCCUCUUCCUCUUCAUCAUCCAGACGUACAUUUUGGAAUUCAGAUUCAAUGUCACGUUCCGGCGGGUCACGCUCAGGCGGGUCUGGCGCUAUCACGCGGGGGUGGAAGUUUGCGAGGUUAUACAAACGAACGCUGUCAGGAAGAGACAGUGCAAGUAUGUAGUCGCCUGUAAACGUCUGGGUGAUAUGAAUGUGUCGAGUCUGUUGGGGCAACGAGGACGUCGAGAUGAGCGUAAAUGAUG